AUGAAAGUAGUUAAUGUGCAACGAGAAUCUUAAUUUCAGACACAAAUCUGUACCUUUAUAUUGACCUUACUGAUAUGCUGCAAGCUACAUAUUAAACAAAUUUUGAUCAAUUUAAGUCCAGCCUGGGGAGAAGAAACAGUUAAAGAAAUGUCUCAAGUAUACUUGCAUUCAUCUAAUCAGACUUCAUGUGCAUCUACAAAUGGUACAGAACUGAAAUCAAUCACUGAUAAUGAAACCACAAAUGAAAAAUGGACUGAAGACUCCUUUCCAGGAUUAGAAAUACUGUGUACAAUUUAUGUUACAUAUGCUGUGAUCAUUUCAGUGGGUCUCCUUGGAAAUGCUAUACUCAUCAAAGUCUUUUUCAAGAUUAAAUCAAUGCAGACGGUUCCAAAUAUCUUCAUCACCAGCCUGGCAUUUGGAGACCUACUGCUUUUAUUAACUUGCGUGCCCGUAGACGCAACACGUUAUAUUGUGGAUACCUGGCUCUUCGGAAGAAUUGGGUGCAAGCUGCUGUCUUUUAUCCAGUUAACCUCAGUUGGAGUAUCAGUGUUUACACUGACUGUUCUCAGUGCUGACAGGUACAGAGCCAUUGUCAAGCCCUUGGAACUGCAGACUUCGGAUGCGCUCCUGAAGACCUGCUGUAAAGCUGGCUGUGUUUGGAUUGUCUCCAUGAUAUUUGCCAUCCCGGAAGCUGUUUUUUCAGAUUUGUAUUCUUUUAGUAAUCCUGAGAAAAAUGUAACUUUUGAGGCAUGUGCCCCCUAUCCUGUAUCUGAGAAGAUACUGCAGGAAGCUCACUCCCUGGUUUGCUUCUUAGUGUUCUAUAUUGUACCAUUAGCUGUCAUUUCUGUCUAUUAUUUUCUUAUUGCCAGAACAUUAUACAAAAGUACAUUCAAUAUGCCAGCAGAAGAACAUGGUCAUGCCCGUAAGCAGAUUGAAUCCCGCAAGAGAGUUGCAAAAACAGUGCUGGUGCUAGUUGCUUUAUUUGCCUUUUGCUGGUUGCCUAACCACAUCCUCUACCUAUAUCGCUCUUUUACAUACCAUUCUUCUGUAGAUGCUUCUGCCUUUCAUCUGAUAGCUACUAUUUUUUCCCGUGCCUUGGCCUUCAGCAAUUCCUGCGUCAAUCCUUUCGCUCUUUAUUGGCUGAGCAAAAGUUUCCGGCAACACUUUAAAAAGCAAGUCUCAUGCUGCAAAGCAAAACUUCAUACAAAACCUCCCAGUGCUACCCACAGUAAUACACCUACCAGAGCCCUGUCAGUUACAGGCAGCACACAUGGCUCAGAAAUCAGUGUUACAUUGCUAACAGAUUAUAGUAUCACAAAAGAAGAGGAAAGUGUUUAGACCAUCUGUGAUGAAGAAGGACGGAAACUGAGUGUUUCUGAUCAAGUUGCUACUAUCUGGAUCUUGGAAUGAGCUGCCAUGCCUUGCACUGUCUGUGAAAGAAUUUUCAGCAGGAGUUCCUAAUUUUUAUAAUUAUACAACAAAAAAAUCAAACUGUGUGGGAGAAGAAGCUAAAACAGCUGAAUAUUUCAGUGUAAGCUCAGUCAAAGGAAAUAUUCAAGUUCCAGAGCAUGAACAUGCAUCCUUAGCUGAAAUUCCUGUACUGAGCAGGACAGGAGUCAGCAGAGUUGCAAGAGAAUUUCUGCAUUGGCUGAGAGAAUUGUUUUGUUCUUGGUGACCUGUCCUUGACUUGUGACUGAGAGCUCUCUUUUGUCAAGUAUUUGCAUCUAAAGCAAGCAAGCAAAAACAUUUAUCUUCAUAACAUAGUAAACUAUGCAGGUUUUGGAUUUCUUUUCUUGUCCCAAAUGUUAAAACCUGGUAAAUGCCUUGGAAAGCAAGCUAAAAUCAAACAAAAGUCAAGUCUGUAGUACGGUGUAGGAAAAAAGAAAAAGUACUAUGGGCCAGAUCUGCACUACCCUUUGCUCUGUCAAUGACUUGCUUUGAAAUUCCAGGUAACAACUGACUGCUGUUAAAAGGGAUGCCCUUCUCAGUUCCUAAGGAAGUCAAGGGAAUGAGCAGGUGAUCACAUCUCUUAAAUAGGGUAAGAACAUUUAGCUGCUUUUGUAAAAUCUUGAGAUCUAUGGAUAAAACAUCUCAACAGAGCAGUAUUCUUUAUUGUUAUACAAUUUAACAUCAAUAAAUCAAUGUGGAUUGUGAUUGUUUUAGUUUGGAUUAACAGUGCACUUUUGAAGCAAACUGCUCAAAUAUCCCUGCUUGCCUUACUUUGGUUUGGCUCCAAGAGGGGUCUUUGGUGCGCAACCUGGAUUACUUUCACAUGAAAUUGUGCAUUUAGUCCAUGGAACCAGAUUAAAGCUAGUCUGAAGUAAAGCUCCCGAAAGUGUACAGAGUGGAUGUCAGACUAAGCAUUUCACUCUACAGAUCCAAUCCUAGUGUAGUAUAUUGCUUGGUAAUGUCAUCAUAUUUAAGUGGUCUGCAAAUCUUGAAGCAUGCUAGGAGAGUUGGAUUUCUAUAUUGUACUAGUCUUCUGUUUUUGAAGUUAUUAAACUAGUAUCCCUUUUUAAUAUGAUGUUAGACUGUCUUUAUGAGGUGGACCUUCUAAUCUCAAAACCACUGACUUUGAUGAAGCAUGCAGAUGCAAGUCAGUGAUAGCCUGUGAUGGGCAGGCAGCCUGUAUAUCCCUAAAAAGCUCAGCAGCACUGCUGGCAGGGCCUGCCUUUCUAUCAGGAAAUACAGGAAGCACGUAUUCCCACCCCAUAUUACAAAGUCAUGAAUGACACAUAGUUUUAUGAAGCUUGUGUACCCUGAACUAAAAUUUUGUUCUGUGGAAGCUGGUGACAGAAAAUGCAAUAGAUUUUUUCAUUGCUUAAAAGAUGGAACUUCUAUCUCACAAAAGAAGUUGUGGGUUAAAUUACAGAAGAGAGAUUGCAACAUAUGAAUUACACAAAAUAGUGAUGUCAAUAACAGAAGUCCGAAUUUUAUUUCCUAAUUAAAAGGCAAAUUAACCCUUGAAGAUAUGACCACUUCCUUCAGCUGCACAGAGCCCCUAGCAAUACAUGGAUGGAAAUCCAUUCAUCCAUCCAUGCACCACUGUUUGAGUUCAUUAUAAGAUGUAGAAAAUGUAUUUGCAGUCUCUCUCUCUUGACUGCACUAAUCAGAAUAAAACCAAACUAUAAAUCCCAAGGGCAUUGAAUACAACCUCUGUAGCCAUCUUAAACCAUGUAGCCAUCUUAAACCAGUAUAAUCAGGCUUGGCCUCAUUUUACUAGAUUCUUCAUUUACAAGACGCAAGAUUCUAAGCACUAAUUUUCAGUGGAAUCCUGAUUCUCCAUUUUAUUGUACCAGUUAUACACCAGGAUAGGACCACUGAAAUAAAUGGAAAUGUAACAGCACAGAAAUGCAAUUUUAUCGCAAAGCUGUCUCCAGAGAUCUGUUUUUAUUCUCUCUGUAUUCCCAAAACACAUUCACUGGUAUUGAGCUCCUCACAAAUAUAAAAAACAUACUGCACCAAUAGUCUCCCUUCUCUUUUUCCUUAAUGGGGCUGCAGGGUGAGAUUAGCUAAAUAAGCCUAUUCACCUAGGAGCAUACUUUUAUCUUCCUGGAUCUCACUAUGUGGAAUUUCAAACACAAGAAAAAGCAACAAACAUUAUAGCUCCUUACAUCACUUAUCUUUUAUAUUCUAGUUUAUUAAAGCCUUUGAAAAAUAUAUCUGCCACAUGUUUCUGAAUUUCACAGUUUGUUUCUGUUGGAGGCCAGACUUCUUACAAAUGUCCAGCAAAAUGCCCUGGCUAUACCUCAUAGUAGUCCUUAAAAAUCACUGUUUCCAAAUUCACCAUUUUCCUGGCUUUGCAUGCAGCUCCUUUUUGCUUGUGUACCCACUCUUCUAACUGGAUAGUUUACCUUUUUGCUAUUACAUACUUCUAUAAAAUUGAUGUUUUUGCUAUACACUGCACAUGUUUGGUUAAAGAAUGGCAGUAUUUCAGGCCAUAUUUUAACCAUUCCAUGUACUUUAUGCUUUUAUAGUUGCAUCUUUUCAAACUGUCAUGAUGUUGUAUUAGAAUGAUAUAUUGGUCAAUAUUUAUUUUUAUCUAAACAAUCUGAAGAUAUUCAUUCCAUCUAUUCACUCUAACUAUCCAUAAAAUGUCUCCACAUUACCAUAAUUGAAUUUAGGGGAAAAGGUUUAUUUCCUUUGCAAUCUUUUCUCAAUGUUUUUUGGGGAAAAAAAAAAGCUCUUUCAGCCCUCAGUAGUACAAAUAUAAUUCCAUAAGAAUAUAUGGGAAUAAUAUCUAUUUACAGAAAUGCUGAGUGUGAUUUAGAAAAGAACUGACAUGAGAAAUUAGGGCUUUACUAUUUAUAUCCACUCUGAAAGAAAAAGUGGAAGAAAGGUGCAAAAUAUAGAAAGGAACACUCCAUCAAAGGACUUGUUCCUAGGGAGUCUUCCUGGGUGAGUAAAUAUUAUUUUUAGGAUGCAUCCUUUUUAUAAUUUAUUUUGUGAACGAGAUGUGCACAUUAACAGCUUUAAUGCAUACAAGUGUAAGAAUUAAUGUUCUUGUUAGCAACCAGUUUAGUAAUAAUACUCUAAUUUGUCUCACACUAUAAGAUACCAACUUAGUUUGGAAAAAAUGUUUUCCAUAUAUAUAAACAAAAUCAUGUCAAAGCAUGCAUAUACUGUAACAAACUGCAUCUCUAGCAAAUGGCACAGAAUAUUAAAGUUAGUGCAUGAAACGACAGCCAUUUUGAAGCUCAGCUUUCUGUUUUCAUAGAAAGUACUGUUUUAUGUUACAUAGUUAUAUAUGGGCUGCCUGCUGGCAGUGGUGUGUUUCUGCUAAGAGUACUACAAUUAAAGAAUAACCUAAGUUACACACAGCUGCAGCAGUGGGAGAUUUCAUCAGUGGUACUGGCUCUGCCACUGUUGAUCUCCUCAAUGAAAGGUCAACUGUUUUGUGGAAUUUCCUUUGUCAACAUAGGAAAUAGUAUUUAAUUUUUAGCUCGUUUGGAUCUGGUCCUGUCAUUUUUCACACAGUAAAGACUCCUUCAUUCUCACUAGAUGCUGUGUAUUACAGCUACAGGCUCCAGCCCCAUGGAAAGCGCAAACAGAAUUAAUAUCCCUGUAAUUCAUCAACACUUACUGCCUCCUUGUUUCAAUAUCCCAAAGCAUUUUCUGAAAGAAAAAACUAUGAACCCUUUAUCUAAUUAAGUAUUAGCUGGUGAAUUCCUGAUCCUACUUGAAUAGAUAUCAAAACAUCACUUCCUUGCUAAGAUCAAGAUUUCAAUACAUUUCGUAGGUGAUAUCUUUAGAAAAACAAUCAACUCUGAUGAGUCAAGAGUUCCUUUUAUCACUCAGAAAAGUCAGACAUAGACACAAAAUUAUCAUUAUGUAACAUGCUAAUACUUCCUUUUACUAUAUACCUUGAGAUAUUUUGUCAGGAUUUAAAAUGUCUCCUGGCAUGUUAGCCUGAUCGAAGCUGUGGAAUUCCAGCUCUUACCCCCAUCCCUGGAACAUGCAGGUCAUCUUUCCCUUUGUGCAGCAGCAGUGCUUGUGCAACCGUGAAUCAUAUUGUUUCAAGAUGUAAUCAAGAUGAAAGCUGUCCUGACCAAAAAAAAAAAAAAAAUUAGUUUUCAGCUGAA